CCCCCCGGUGGCAUUAGCACUUUUGAUGGCGCAUUAUGCUCGGCGCCGCUCCGCGACGCGGCAACUCAGUUCCGCUCCGCUCCAUCCGCUUCACACGCUGGGGGAACUCCUUCUCGGAAUGCUUUUGGAAGCCCACGGCUUGGCGCGAGGACUACCAGGUGGUCUUCUCCUGCCUUGUGGCUUUGGCGGCAGCUAAGCCAGGCUAUCUGGGUGCUCCAGCGGCCGCCCUUGUCGCCCCAGCCGCAGUGGCCGCCCCCGCCAUCGCCCACGCCGCCCCAGCUGCAGCCGUCGUGGCCGCUCCCGCCCCAGUGGCCUACGCCGCCCCAGCUGCGGCCGUCGUCGCCGCCGCCCCCGACUCCACCGUGGUGACCGUCCCCGGUACUAGCGCCUACUCUUUCUCCACACAGUCCGUGCACCCGCCACAGGUGGUCCCCGCCAGCCCGCAGGCCACUUACGCCGCAGCUGUAGCCGCCGCCCCCGCGGUCGUGGCUGCCGCGCCAGCGGAGGUCGUCGACGCUCCCGAGGUGUUCGCCGCCCGCGCCGCCCACUUCCAGGCUUACGUCGCUGCCAAGGCUGCUCUGCUGGGGCGCAAGAAGCGCAGCCCCGGAAUCCUCGGCCCCGCCGUGGUCUCCACCCCCGCCGCCACCACCCUCUCUGCUCAUGCCGCCCCCGUGGCCUACGCUGCCCACGCUGUCCCAGUGGCCCUUGCAGCUCACGCUGCCGCCGUCACCCCUAUUGCCUACUCCGCCCCCGCAGCUGUCGCCUACUCCGCCCACGCCGCCGCAGCCGUCCUACCACUGGCCACCUCCAACCAGUAACGCAUCCAGGACGCUCUCGGCCAGUACACCUACGGCGACGCCGACGGAAACUCCGCCAAGACCGAGAGCCGCGCCGCUGACGGCUCCACUGUCGGCGGCUACUCCUACGUAGACAGCCACGGCCUGGUCCAGAGUGUCAAGUACCACGCCGAUAGCCUGGGCUUCAGGGUCGCCGCCACCAACCUGCCCGUCGGACCUGCCUAAGCAAAGCGAGAAGUGAGGAUGGGCUCCCCGUGAGCCAGAGCCCCAUCUUCCCUGGCGACUGUGUACCUGGCCCAUCCACGUUUUUCUCUCUUUGUAGUCUCCGCUACUGUAACUUCCCUGUCCCAUUCUGAACUCUACAUCGUUUUAUGUAUGAAACCUUCCUUUCUUUCCCUGAAUCUUCACGUCCCACAUAGAAUAACGUAUAAAAUUCUGUAAUAAAAGAAACACCGAAUAAAAGCGACAAAAUAAAAAAUUCGAA